AAGAAUUCUGCAUUAUUGCGUCAACGUGUGUACACACCCAUCUCUUUUUCUCCUCUCUCUCACAUCUCUCAAUUGCUUCAUCUUCCCGCCGCCGUCUAGUAAUACGAAUGGUUGUUUGCAGAGAGUCACACGUUCGUUCACAAUAAAAAAGAACAACAAUUAUUUAGUCACAACUACUUUUUAAUAAAAUGAGUGAACAAUAUACUACUCCCGAACGAGAAAAUCCGGAUGACGAGAGAGCUUUUGAUAGAGUCUUCGAUGCAUUAUCAAUAAGUUGUCCGUGUGAUAAUCCUUCGAACAUACCAAAUAGAUUAUUUGCAAGUCCACCUACACAAAGUGCCCCGGAACAAAUCGAUAAUGGUGCAGCAGAUGUUCAGCCAUUCGACUUUCAAGCAUAUAACCAGCCACGGUUAGCAAGGACGGAAGGAAUGUUAAAAUUGGAGAUUCCGAACUUUUCGAAUUUAAGAUCAAAAGUCAGUACGCCUUUUCAAUACAUCGGGAACUUACCUUGGAGGUUAGCAGCGAAAACGGAGAAAACAAAACGAACAUCAGAUGUGAAAUUCUUCUCAGUAUACAUUGACUGUAAUCCAGAGUCAGAAUCAACUCUUUGGUCUUGUGACGCUGUUGUUGAAUUCCGAUUAGUGUCAAGAAAUCGAACGAUCCCUCCGUUCUCACGUCAGUUUACGAACAAGUUCAACUAUAAUUCGAAUAAUUGGGGAUUUCCGUCUUUCAUGGCCUGGGAAGAUGUGAAUAAUUCAAAUUACGUGAGAAACGAAAUGGUGACUGUCACUGCACGAGUUGUUGUUCAAAAAGUGCUUGGUGUCAGGAACGUACCGAAAUAUGAUUUUGGAGCAAUGCAGACGAACAUUUGUGAUAUGACAUUGGUUAUCAACAAACAGAAAUUGUUUGUAAAUAAGGCGUAUCUUGCUCUCUACUCGCCAGUCUUUUAUGCCAUGUUCUUCUCAAAUUUCCAAGAACGGGAAAAAACACAAGUAGAGCUGGAAGAUGUGGUCCUCGAAGAAUUCCGUGAGUUGCUUCACGUCAUCUAUCCAUGCCACAAGCCAAUCACAUCGGAUAACGUGGAAUAUUUGUUGGAACUCGGAGAUAAAUAUGAAAUACAAUAUGUGAUGGAUGAGUGUGAACGAUUUCUCGUUGGAUCCGAGGAUAUUCUACAAAUUACCAAGUUGAUGUGGGCUGAUCAAUACUUGUUGGCAAAGCUUCAGGACAGCUGCCUUCGAAACAUCAAGGAAGUAUCCGACGUUAAAGCGAUCAAAUUGACAGAAGAAUUCAAAAAUCUCAGUGAUGCUACAAAAGCUGCUCUUCUUGAAAAAGUUCUGAAAAUCGUGAACUAGUAUUCAUUUCCCUUCAUCUCGCUAUUGCUUUCUUUCAACUCAGUUUCUCAAUGAAAAGCUUUUUCAAAAUAACAAACAUAGGAAUAUUAACUGAAUUUGACAAAAUACUGAAAUUUUAAAAAACUCAAGCGGCAAUAGAAAUUUUAAAUGAAAUCCUGAACUAUUUAACUAACCAUUUUAGUUUCAAAAAUAUAAAUUAUUCUGUGAAAAUUUUGAUUAAUUGCACUUGUUUCAAUGAAACAUGCUGAGAAAUUAUCGGAAUUUCUCGAAAACAAUUUUU